AUGGGCUUCGCCGAAAUUCUCGACAGCCUGGGCGGCAUGGGCCGCUUCCAGAAGACCUCGGUGGCCUUCCUGGCCCUCCCGCUCAUGAUGCUGGCCAGCCACAACCUCCUGCAGAACUUCACGGCCGGCGUUCCCCGGCACCACUGCCAGAUCCGCAUCACGGCCAAUCACACCCGCCAAGCCGGCAACAGCAGCCUGCCCCUGGGGGCGGACAGCCUUCUGAGGGUCUCCAUCCCCAUGGACGGCAACCGGCGGGCGGAGAGUUGCCGCCGCUUCGCCACCCCCCAGUGGAGGCUCCUGGACCCGAACGCCACCCUGGGCAACGACACCGCCGCCCCGGAGACCGAGCCCUGUGCCGACGGGUGGGCGUACGACCAGAGCGUCUUCGCCAGCACCAUUGUCAGCGAGUGGGAUUUGGUGUGUGACUCCUGGACGCUGAGACAGAUGGCGCAGUCGCUCUACAUGGCCGGGGUGCUGAUUGGGUCGAUCAUCUUCGGCGGCCUUUCGGACAGGUUCGGCCGGAAAGCCCUCAUCGUCUGGUGCUACCUGCAGAUGGGGGCAGCGGGAGCCUGCACGGCCUUCGUGCCAAACUUUACUGGGUACUGCCUGCUGCGCUUCCUGUGUGGGAUGGCCAUGUCCGGGAUUUCGCUCAACUCCGUCUCUCUGUGCAUGGAAUGGAUCCCGACCAAAUACCGCGCCAUUGUUGGCACCAUCAACGGCUACUGCUAUACCAUCGGGCAGUUCAUCCUGGCCGGAGCGGCGUACGCCAUUUCCGACUGGCGUUGGCUGCAACUCACCGUCUCUCUACCUUUCUUCGUCUUCUUCCUCUACUCCUGGCUGUUUGUGGAGUCAGCCCGCUGGCUGGCGAUUUCGGGGAAACAGGAGCAGGCUGUGCGAAGUCUGAAGAAAGCUGCCUGGAUAAACGGGAGGAAGAAGGAAGGGGAAAAGCUCAGUGUGGAGUUUCUGAAGGCCAGCAUGCAGAAGGAGCUCUCGUCCACCAAGACAAACCACAGUAUGGCUGACCUGGUGCGGACGCCGGCCGUUCGCAAGAUCUCCUGUGGGGUCUCCUUUGUCUGGUUUGCCACGAGCUUUGCCUAUUAUGGGCUGGCCAUGGAUCUGCAAAACUUCGGCUUCGACCUCUACCUAACCCAGCUGGUCUUCGGCGCCGUCGACUUCCCAGCAAAGCUCAUCUCAGUCAUAACAAUCACCUACGUGGGUCGGAGGUUUUCCCAGGCGUUGUCGCUCAUCCUGGCCGGCCUGUGCAUCUUGGUCAAUGUCUUCGUGCCUCAAGAUUUGGCCAACCUGAGGAUGACUUUCGCGGUGAUCGGCAAGGGUUCCCUGGCCGCCUCUUUCAACUGUGCCUACAUCUUUUCCGGGGAGCUUUUCCCAACUGUGAUCAGGCAAUCAGGGCUGGGGCUCGGGGGCACCAUGGCCCGCGUGGGCAGCAUGAUCGCCCCUCUGGUGAAGAUGUUGGGGGAGUUUUUCCCAUCGCUGCCACUAAUCAUCUAUGGGGCUGCCCCCAUAAUUUCUGGCAUCGUCACCUGUUUUCUUCCGGAGACUCGGAAUGUCCCUUUGCCGGAGACCAUUGAGCAAGUGGAAAGACAGUCACGGCCCAGCCAAGAGGAUGAACAGCAAAUGAAGGUUUUGUUUGCCUCCAUCAAAGAGGAUCCCAGCAAAGAGGGGAGCUAA